CCGCGCUGCGCAGCCGGAGCCCGAGCCGGAGCCCGACAUGGCCGCCAACAUGUACAGGGUCGGAGAUUAUGUCUACUUUGAAAAUUCUUCAAGUAACCCAUACUUGAUAAGAAGAAUAGAGGAACUCAAUAAGACAGCCAAUGGGAAUGUGGAGGCCAAGGUGGUGUGUUUCUACAGAAGGAGAGACAUCUCAAGCACCCUGAUUGCCCUGGCGGACAAACAUGCAACAUUGUCAGUCUACUAUAAAACCGGACCAGGGGGAGAAAACGACGAGGAAGGGGAAAUGGAAGAAGAAAUGGAAAAUCCAGAAAUGGUCGAUUUGCCAGAGAAACUUAAGCAUCAGCUAAGACACCGAGAAUUGUUCCUGUCUCGGCAGCUGGAGUCUCUACCUGCCACGCACAUCAGAGGCAAAUGUAGUGUCACUCUGCUCAAUGAGACGGAGUCCCUGAAAUCAUACCUGGAGCGGGAGGAUUUCUUCUUCUAUUCUCUAGUUUAUGAUCCACAGCAGAAGACUCUUCUGGCUGAUAAAGGAGAAAUUAGAGUGGGUAACAGAUACCAAGCAGAUAUAACAGACUUGCUAAAGGAGGGUGAGGAAGAUGGAAGAGACCAGUCAAAACUUGAAACAAAAGUCUGGGAAGCGUAUAAUCCAUUAAUUGAUAAACAGAUUGAUCAGUUCCUGGUGGUGGCACGAUCUGUUGGUACUUUUGCCCGUGCCCUAGACUGCAGUAGUUCAGUCAGACAGCCAAGCUUACAUAUGAGUGCUGCAGCAGCCUCCAGAGAUAUUACACUGUUUCAUGCAAUGGAUACUUUGCACAAAAAUAUCUACGAUAUUUCCAAGGCCAUUUCUGCUCUGGUGCCUCAGGGCGGUCCAGUUCUUUGCCGAGAUGAAAUGGAAGAGUGGUCAGCUUCAGAGGCCAAUCUUUUUGAGGAAGCUCUAGAAAAAUAUGGAAAAGAUUUCACUGACAUUCAGCAAGAUUUUCUUCCAUGGAAGUCCUUAACCAGCAUCAUUGAAUACUAUUACAUGUGGAAAACAACAGACAGAUAUGUUCAACAGAAGCGGUUGAAGGCAGCUGAAGCAGAAAGCAAGUUAAAGCAAGUGUAUAUACCUAACUAUAACAAGCCAAAUCCAAAUCAGAUUAAUGUAAAUAAUGCCAAGGCUGGUGUUGUAAAUGGCACCGGAGUACAGGGUCAGAGCCCAGGAGCUGGCCGGGCCUGUGAAAGCUGCUAUGCCACACAGUCUUACCAGUGGUAUUCUUGGGGUCCCCCUAACAUGCAGUGUCGUCUCUGUGCAUCUUGCUGGACAUACUGGAAGAAAUAUGGUGGCUUGAAAAUGCCAACCCGAUUAGAUGGUGAGAGACCAGGACCAAACCGCAACAACAUGAGUCCUCAUGGCAUCCCUGUGCGAAACAGUGGGAGUCCAAAGUUUGCUAUGAAGACAAGACAAGCCUUCUAUCUACAUACAACCAAACUGACAAGGAUUGCCAGGCGCCUGUGUCGAGAUAUAUUGCGUCCUUGGCAUGCAGCAAGACACCCUUACAUGCCUAUCAACAGUGCUGCUAUCAAAGCAGAAUGUACUGCUCGAUUACCAGAAGCCUCCCAGAAUCCACUGGUAUUAAAACAAGUGGUACGAAAACCUUUGGAAGCUGUGCUGCGGUAUCUAGAGACUCAUCCCCGCCCUCCAAAGCCAGACCCCAUAAAGAGUGUGUCUAGUUCUCUCAACAACCUUACUCCUGCCAAGUCAACUCCAGUCAUUAAUAAUGGGUCCCCAACCAUCCUGGGCAAGAGGAGUUAUGAACAGCACAAUGGCAUGGAUGGCAACAUGAAGAAACGCCUUUUGAUGCCUAGCAGGGGACUGGCUAACCAUGGACCAACCAGACAAAUGGGACCAAGCCGAAACUUGCUGCUCAAUGGGAAAUCCUAUCCAACAAAAGUCAGAUUAAUUCGUGGUGGAUCCCUGCCUCCAGUGAAAAGGAGGAGGAUGAACUGGAUUGAUGCUCCAGAUGAUGUGUUUUACAUGGCCACAGAGGAAACCAGGAAAAUCCGAAAGUUGCUUUCAUCUUCUGAAACAAAGCGAGCUGCCCGUCGCCCUUACAAGCCCAUCAUCCUUCGACCAAGCCAGUCCUUACAACUCAGGCAGCAGCCUCUGCCAGUGAAUGAGGAGCCCAUCAUCAUUGAGGACUAGCAACCCUUGGGUCCUUCAGACCAGCUUCCUACCCUGACUGACCCUCUGGAACUCUUCUGGAUUUGUCCAAAAGACAUUUUUUCCACUGCCUUGCUGAGGCACUGAAGAGGGGAGAAUUUGCAAAGCACUGAUUUGCAUAUUGUAACCCCCUUAAGGAACUUGAUUACUUCUGUGACCAUAAACUGCUUUUGCCUGUGCACUCUCAUUCUUUAUCUCUUCUACCCCUCUCUCCUCUCCUCCACUCUCCUAUACCUGUCUUCCUUUUACCUUUCUGCCCU